AAGAAACACCAUCUUGUAUAAAAGCAUUUGAAGAUAGUCCAGUCACUUGAAUUGUAUCAAACCCAUAUCCUAUAAAAUAAUUAAUAAUUAGUUUGUAAGAGAGGGGAGAGAAAAAAAUAGUGGAAAAGAAGGGAAAAAACAAAAACAGAGUAUAAAGAGAAGAGCUAAUGAUUCGAGCGACGAAAAAAGUUGAGUGUUCGAGAGAAGCGUCUCAGAGACUGUGAAAAUUCAUCAAAAUCCUCUCUUAACAGUGCGUGCCACGAUUCGGUCCCCAUCUUCUCUCUAUCUCCGUCUUGUGCGUCGAUUUUGUCUCCUUCUUCUCUUCUACUCUUCUUCUCCUCUAUUCUCUCGAUUCACACUCUGCAUUUGGAUUGAUGUCUCUUUAAUGCUUCGAGGAUCUCGUUUUCUCUCUUCGCCGAUUCCUUCAGUUUCCAGUACCCCCUCUGUUUUCUCAGGAUCAAGUCUCUGUGAAAGAAUCUGUCUGUAAGGGAAUCACCAUGCCUCUGUUUGAGCUUUUCAGGCUCGCCAACCCGUCUCCACCUGUGGAUGAAGUUGUUGAGCUGGUUUGGGAAAACGGUCAGAUUUCAACUCAAAGCCAGUCGAGCAGACCAAGAAACAUUCCACCACCACAGUCUAUUCAUCAAGCAAGAGCUAGAGAGCUCGGAAAUGGCCCCAAGGCCACGAUGGUGGACGAGAUCCAAAUGUCAGUGCCGUCACUAAUGACCGGUUUGAGUCAAGACGAUGACUUGGUUCCGUGGCUGAAUCCUCAUCAGUCCCUUGAUGGAUAUUGCUCUGAUCUCUUGCGUGAUGCUUCUCCUGUUACCGUCAACGAGCAAGAGACCGAUGCUUUCCCGAGAAGAAACAAUGGGAAUGAAUCAGCUCCCGCUGCUUCUUCAUCACAGUUCAACGGUUUUGAUUCACAUUCUCUGUAUGGAACCGGUAGAGCUGGAGAUCCUGUUAGCCAACCAGCCAAACCAGAUCGAUUCAGUCAGAGACUGGAACCGUUAGUAACUAGUAACAAGACUGGUUUGCUCAACUUUUCGCAUUUCUUACGCACGGCAGCUUUGGCUAAGACUAAUAAUAACCCUCCUGGCUCUAAAGAGAAGAGUCCUCAAAGCCCGCCGAAUGUGUUUCAGACCAGAGUUCUUGGAGCUAAAGACAAGGUUCUCAACGAGCCUAAGGAUAACCAAAAGGCUUGCUUAGUUUCAGAAGACUCAAACAGAAAAGAGCAAGAGAGUGAAAAGGCCGUUGUAUGUUCUUCUGUUGGCUCUGGUAAUAGUCUCGAUGGCCCAUCGGAAAGUCCUUUAAAAAGAAAGCAUUUGGAUGUUCAAGACAUUGACUGUCAUAGUGAAGAUGUUGAGGGAGAAUCAGGAGAUGGAAGAAAAGAAGCAGCUCCAUCUCGAACAGGCAUUGGUUCAAAGAGAAGCCGCUCGGCUGAAGUACAUAAUCUGUCUGAAAGGAGACGGCGUGAUAGGAUUAACGAGAAGAUGCGUGCUCUUCAAGAACUCAUACCAAACUGCAACAAGGUGGACAAAGCUUCGAUGUUAGAUGAAGCAAUCGAGUAUCUAAAGUCACUUCAACUUCAAGUACAGUUCAUGUCAAUGGCGUCUGGUUACUACAUGCCACCGGUUAUGUUCCCACCGGGUAUGGGGCAUCAUUACCAAGCAGCAGCAAUGGCGAUGGGCAUGGGAAUGCCUUAUGCAAUGGGCUUGCCUGAUAUGAGCCGUGGAGGUCCCUCUGUUAACAACAGACCACAGUUCCAGGUUCCCGGGAUGCAACAGACAGUGGCCGUGGCGCUUCCACGCGUCUCUGCUGGUGGGUUCUUUACGGGUUCUGAGAUGAAUAAGAGUGAUGAUGGUUCGGCUAGAGAUCUAUCAGGUACUAAAGAUCAAACGACGACAAAGGAUAACAAUAGCUUGAGGCCAAUUAAGAGAAAACAGACGUCUUCUGAUCAGUUUUGUGGAUCGUCGUGACA